AUGGUGAAAGAAAGUGGAAUAAAAAAAGGCAUACUUCAUUGUUUUACUGGUAAUUGGGAAAUAGCCGAAAAGUUCAUUAAUUUAGGUUUUUAUGUUUCUUUUGCGGGCAACAUUACUUAUAAAACUGCUAAAUGGCAAGAGAGGUGGAAAGAAGUAAUAGAAAAAAUUCCUCUGGAAAGAAUAGUCGUAGAAACCGAUGCUCCUUAUUUAACACCUGAACCCUUUCGGGGACAAAUAAAUUAUCCGCAAAAUAUAAUUCAUACUUUAACCAAAAUUGCUGAAAUCAAAAAAAUGGACAUAAAAGUGGUGGCAGAGAAAAUUUACUUGAAUACUUUAAGGGUGCUGGGAAUAAAUCUGCCAAAAUAA